AUGCCACCGGUCACACAUGGAAAUGUGAAAUUUAUGGAUGUAUCAUCCGGUUUUCCAGGCAGCAUUCACGAUGCAAGGGUUUUGCGUACGAGCUCAAUUCAUCAUACAGCGCAAAGGGGCGCUAUUCUGAAUAGGCCACUCGCAAAUAUAGAGAACCAGCCCGUAAAACCUUUCAUUAUAGGCGAUGGGACAUAUCCACUGAGCAGUUGGCUUUUAAAGCCGUACCCUGACAAUGGAGCAUUGACAAGAUCACAGACGAAAUAUAACAAAACUCUUUCUUCUGCCAGAUCUGUUAUGGAGAGGGCGUUUGGAAUUUUAAAAGCCCGUUGGAGAUGCCUAAUAAAAAGGCUUGAUAAUAGAACAAGUAAUGUUGUUGAGGUCAUUAUAACUUGCUGUGUUCUUCUUAAUAUAUGCGAAGAAAAUGGAGAUGAAAUGGAGGACGAAGAACUCACAGCGCGUGUUAUUGAACGCGAACAACAAGGCAACACAAUAAUAAACAAAGAUGUUGUUGAAAACAAUGGCGAAGAUCUUCGUGCAUUAAUAAAAAACUUUCUAAGAAACAAUUGA